UUGACGAUACAAUAGUCAGCGCACCCUGCAGCUUGUAGUAGCAAAACGCUUCGUCCCUCAACACGUGGCUGCCAAUGCGUUUCUUUGCUAAAAUAGUCUCAGAUAUUCUUAUGCAAGGGUAUGGCACAGAAACACCUUUUUGUGACAAUCUUGUUGGUUGCUUCUCUGGAAUUAUCGAAUUUUCAGAAGCACAAAUUAUCGUCGGCUGGCUUUAAAUCUUUGAACAUCAGAAAGUUUGUUGGUAUGCAGGAACCUAUAUGGACCUACAGUACUACCGCGAGUUUCUUCGUUCGUUGUAAAGUGGAUGUACGGAAGAGCAUAACUGACACAUCAAUUUCAUUCAGAAGGACAUAUUACACUGACGAAGAAAGGCAUUGGACCGCUAAGAACCUUGAGGGAAUCUUUCUACACAAACAAAAGGAUGUCAUGCAGAUCAGGCCUCCAGGCGAGAAGUUCACCGCAAAGGAAACUAUUCUCUACAUAGGUCCCAAUUAUCACUGCGCUCUCAUCAAGGUGACACCAGUUGCUCACGGUCUUACACCAUAUUUCGACCUCCGAGUGUUGAAUUCUUCGGUCACCCAUGGUGUUGACCCAAUUUGCCUUAAAAUGUUUGCUGGGUUCGGAGAACGAGGACGAGUUAUUUAUGGACGCAGUUGCCAGGAAAUACUUUGCAUCCACUAAGGCGCUUUGGCCGUGGUCUCCAGCAGUUACCAAGAAGAAACGAAUCAGUUAUCAAGAAGAAACAAAAAAUGAAUAGGAGUGGCGUGUAAUCUUGUGAACUUUUGUGAUAUCUAAGCCAUGAUGAAAAUGGUAUAAACGAAACAACACACCUCUGGAGCAACAGCACAAUAUUACGGGGUAAAUAAAGACAAAUUGGUUGCAGCAAUUGCACUGUUAUGCUGACUAUGGUUCGGAAUAUCCUAUGCUUGGAAAGUAGUUUCCUUUUUUCUUGGAGUUCUUACAACGACUGAAAAUAAAGGCUUCA